AUCGGCCGUCAUGGGUGGUGUAAGUCAAAAAUCACACAGGAAGGGCAGCUAACAACGUAGAACAGGCACGACAAUCUCGGUAUCUCUACGGCGUCAUUGAGGCGGAUGACAUGAGUCUUUCGGUUGAAGUUCCAAAUCAAUGGUCCUACACCGGCAGAGAGCCUGUGAUAAAAUCCUCCCUCGCUGAUACUCCCUGCGCUGCCCUAGGCAUCGAUGGACUACUGGAUAAAUUCAACGCCACCCUCCAAACAUCUUAUACGCGGGAAACGCCAUACUUAUCCUCGGUCCUCGAAUACUGCAUCUCGGAAAAUUACGAUUUUGGCACCGCAUACGGGUGUCUUCGCCGGAUGUGGUACAACAAUGACUGGCGCACUGUCGAAGACGAACUACGCUCACGUGAAAAGAACGACCUUGAGCAGCGACGAAAAGCGCUCGUUGGUAACCGAAUUGUGGACCCGCACAUUAGCCCUCGACGUGUUUGGGAUCUGUAUAGCAAUCGAGUGGUACCAUCAAGCUGGAUCACUGAUCGAUGGCCAUGGGGGAUCUCACAUGCUUGGGUGGAUGAGAAGGAUCGCGUCGACGUGCGAACGCCCAUCAAUGGACACAAAUGGCCUGUGCCCAUCCCGAAAGACACUGACCUCAACCUCAUUCGGAUCGAGAUGCUAAAUCUGGGAGCAGAAUAUGUAUGGUUGGAUGUGCUCUGCUUGAGGCAAAAAGGAGGGCCGCAGGAGGAUCUACGUACGGAAGAGUGGAAGCUGGACGUGCCCACAAUUGGUCGUGUUUACGAGGCUGCCGAGAAAGUGGUGUACUACUUCAGUGGGUUAGGGCGGCCUUUGAUUUUGAAGGAGGGCGACUUGGAUAGCGACCGAUGCUGGUUUAGACGGGCAUGGGCAUUGCAAGAGAUCGGCGAGAUGAAGAUAGUCGCCGGGGAUACGGGUGAUGGACCACUACACGCAGAGCCCAUAGACAAGAAUGGGAACUACGAGAGGGAGGUUUUGACGAGGUUUCACAAACAGCUGCGGUCCUUGGAGAAUAUCUCCCGGGAUCUAAGCGGUAUAUUUGACAUGCUGGCGAACAUGCAGUGUCGAAUAUCAGAUAAUCCUGUGGACAAGGUUGCGGCGUUGGCAUUUUCUCUGCAGUCAACGAAGAUGGCAGCGUACUAUGAGUCGCAAUCUAUCGAAGAAGCUUGGACGGCGCAAGUGAAUGUGAUGGAUGGCCUAUUUCGGGGGCAAUUGUUCUUCCUAUAUCCUGAACCUGGAGAAGGAUCCACGAAAUGGAGACCGUCGUGGAAGCAGGUUAUGAUGAAGAAGCCCCUCCCAGCGGAAGACUACUGUCGGGCGUACGUUGGCCAGGAUGAGGAGGCGGGUAAUGACUGGUGUAAAGCGGGCUGUAUUGAAAAGGCGCUUGUGCGAGGAUUAGAGGUGGGAGGGGAGGAAGGGGUUGAUCGAUGGGGCGAGUUGAUUGUUGAAGAUGCAGACGGAGCAUGCCACACCGUCGACCUCGUUGCUACCCAUCAAUACUCUAUACCCGAAGACACGUACACGCUGCUCUGCAGUGAACCAAAUCCAUUCGGCUACUUCCCUCAAUAUUGGGUUGUCGGACGAAUGCUGCCAGGGAGGAGGUUCGAGAAGGUGUCGGUCGCAAUGACAGACAGAGAUGAAAUACGGAAGCUGGUAAAUCUCGGAGUCGCUAAGAGUUCGCAUAAUGUUAUUUAUUUGAUGUAAAUGCCACUUUCAUAGUUCGUCUCAACGAAGAUAAGUAUGAACAAAAAGCU